CCUUAGAAGAAGAAGCACGUCAAAAACAACGUCGCUCUGUUGAGGUCGUAGAUUCGCCUUCCCCUGUCAUGUAAAUAUGGCCGCAGCCGCCUACAACUAUGUUGUUACAGCUCACAAACCGACGGCCGUUACAGCCUGUGCUACAGGGCACCUGACAUCGCCAACAGACCUGAACUUGGUGGUGGCGAGGAACAACCGCGUAGAGCUCCAUUUGGUGACCCCAGAAGGCCUGCGUCCCCUGAAAGAGCUGACUAUUUACGGGAAGAUAUCAUGUAUGCAUUUAUUCACACCACAGGACGAGUCGAAAGACUUGCUCUUCAUCCUGACCAUGCGUUACUGCGCAAUGAUCCUGGAGUGCGAGGGAGAUGGGGAGCAUUGUGAAAUCCUCACCAGAGCACAUGGAAACGUCGCAGACAAAAUUGGAAAGGCCUGCGAGACCGGGAUGAUAGCCAUUGUAGACCCACAGGCCAGGUGCAUUGUUCUCCGCUUGUACGAAGGCCUCAUAAAAGUGAUUCCCUUGGAUAAGGAUAACAGUGAAUUGAAGGCCUAUAAUAUUAGAGUGGAUGAGCUCCAGAUUCAAGAUAUAGCAUUCUUGUACGGAUGCUCAAACCCCACCAUCAUCAUCAUAUAUCAAGACACUCAUGGACGUCACAUCAAGACCCAUGAGAUCUCUCUCAAGGAGAAGGAAUUCUCCAAGAUGCCGUGGAAACAAGACAACGUGGAGACCGAGGCAUCCAUCAUAAUAACAGUUCCCGAACCGUACGGAGGUGCCAUCAUCAUUGGACAGGAGACAAUCACGUACCUGACUGGCACUUCACAUGUAACAGUGGCUCCUCCGCUCAUAAAGACGAGCACCAUAGUGUGUUACGCGAAGGUAGAUUCCAACGGCUCAAGGUACCUCAUGGGUGACAUGUCUGGCCGCCUGUUCAUGCUGCUUUUGGACAAGCAGGAUGAUCGGGUCGAAGCAACAGUCAAGGUGGAGCUUUUGGGUGAAAUCUCGAUCCCAGAGUGUCUCACGUACUUGGACAACGGUGUCGUUUUCGUGGGCUCCAGGCUGGGAGACUCGCAGCUCAUAAAACUCAACACAGAGCCCGAUUCCUCCGGCCAGUAUGUUUCUGUCAUGCAGACCUUCAAUAACUUGGGUCCCAUCAUCGACAUGGUUGUCGUUGACUUGGAACGACAGGGGCAGGGCCAGCUCGUGACCUGUUCGGGGGCCUUCAAGGAGGGAUCUCUCCGAAUCAUCCGGAAUGGUAUCGGCAUCCACGAACAAGCUUCCAUUGAGCUGGAGGGCAUCAAAGGAAUGUGGUCUCUGAGUGUAAACUCGCCAAAGCAUCAUAACACGAUCGUUCUCUCCUUUGUUGGUCUUACAAGGGUGCUCACACUAAGCGGAGAGGAGGUAGAGGAGACGGAAAUUGCUGGAUUUGUCUCCGAUCAACAGACUUUCCUGUCUUCAAACGUCAUUUAUGAACAACUUCUUCAGGUGACUGGCAGUUCGUGCCGUUUGGUCAGUGAGAGCAGUGGCCAGUUGGUGUGCGAGUGGCGGCCGCCGGAAGGACGUAACAUCUCUGUAGUUGCAGCAAACACCAACCAAGUGGUAGCAGCAGCUGGCCAACAUAUUUACUACCUCACCAUCCAGCCUAACACACUGCAACUGGAGGCGUCAACAACAGUGGAGCACGAAGUGGCAUGCCUUGAUGUCUCGCCCCUGUGGGAGGAGGAGAUGGCGUCUGUUGUAGCAGUUGGUCUGUGGACUGAUAUUUCUGCGCGGGUGUUGACCCUGCCCACCCUCGAAGAAAAUGCCAAAGAAUUCCUUGGUGGAGAUAUAAUUCCUCGGUCGAUAAUCAUGACGACGUUUGAGGGUAAUCAUUAUCUCCUGUGCGCCAUGGGAGAUGGACAGCUUUUCUACUUCACUUACUCCCCUUCAACUGGUUACCUGUCGGACAAGAAGAAGGUCGUUUUAGGCACCCAACCCACAACACUCCGCAGAUUCCGGUCUUUGUCGUCGACCAACGUGUUUGCCUGCUCGGACAGACCGACGGUCAUUUACUCGUCCAAUCACAAAUUGGUGUUUUCCAAAGUUAACUUGAGAGAAGUUACGCACAUGUGUCCCCUCAACGCAGAGGCUUAUCCAAGCAGUUUGGCUCUUGCCACAAGCGAAGGCAUCACUAUUGGAACCAUCGACGAAAUCCAGAAGCUGCACAUCCGCACCGUACCUUUAGGAGAGACCGCACGUCGCAUAGCAUAUCAGGAAGAAACAGAGACGUUUGGCGUCAUCACGAUGCGAGUAGACGUCAUGGACAGCAACGGCAUAAGAAGCGGAGGCAUGUGUGCCUCCUUGGGAGCUCACUCGUCGUCAUCCGCUUCGAACACAUCCAGUUUGCUCAAGCCCCCCGUUCAGCCUCCCCCAGAACCUGGUCAGGAGGUUGAAACUCACAAUCUGCUUAUCAUAUCACAAAAUACAUUUGAAGUCCUACACUGUCACAGUUUCCACGCCGGGGAGUAUGCUCUGAGCAUCUGUUCCACGAAACUGAAGGACGACCCCACUAUAUAUUACGUGGUGGGAACCGCUUUGGUCAAUCCCGAGGAGUCAGAAUCAAAACUGGGUCGAAUUAUUCUCUUCUCCUUCACCGAUGGGAAACUCCAGCAGGUAGCAGAGAAGGAGAUCAAGGGAGCCUGCUAUUCCCUCUGCGAAUUCCAAGGAAAGCUGCUGGCUGCCAUUUCUAGCACAGUGAGAUUGUUCGAGUGGACUAACGAGAGGGAGCUGCGGCUGGAGUGCUCCCACUUCAACAACGUUGCGGCCCUCUACCUGAAGACAAAAGGGGACUUCAUCCUCGUAGGGGACUUGAUGAGGUCCAUGACCUUGCUGCAGUACAAGACUUUGGAAGGCAGCUUUGAAGAGAUCGCCAGAGACUACGACCCCAACUGGAUGACAGCAAUUGAGAUUUUGGAUGACGAAUUAUUUUUGGGUGCCGAACACUCGUAUAACCUCUUCGUCUGUCACAAAGAUAGCGCGGCAACGUCAGACGAAGAACGCCAACAGAUGCAGGAAGUGGGACGCUUCCAUUUGGGAGAUUUCGUGAAUGUCUUCCGUCACGGAACUUUGGUCAUGCAAGGUGUACCUGAGGCCACCACAGUCACCCAGGGCUGUGUGCUGUAUGGAACAGUUCACGGGUCUAUUGGGUUGGUGACGAGCCUGAACUUGGACCUGUACAACCAACUGCUCGAGAUGCAGAAACGCCUGGCUAAGGUCAUCAAGUCCGUCGGGAAAAUCGAUCAUGAUUUUUAUAGGAGUUUUAGCACCGAUCGCAAGACGGACAGGUGUGAGGGAUUCAUAGACGGCGAUUUGAUCGAGAGCUUUUUAGAUCUGACGCCGGACAAGAUGAAGGAGGUUGCGCAUGGGUUGUUGAUAAAUGACGGAUCUGGCAUGAAGACGGAAGCCACACCUGACGACCUCAUCAAGACAGUCGAGGAGCUGACCAGGAUCCACUGAAGAACUGAAACCGCUACGAGAAACACUUCUUCUUCUCCUUCUUCUUCUUGUAAGCCACGACAGGCCUGAACCACAAGGAUUCACUCACUCACACAUUGCUCUUAAGCGGCAGCGGCAGCAGCAGCAGGAGCCUCCAGUGUGUCUUCAGAAAGAAGGAGGGCCAUAUUGUAAAUGAUCACUUAAAAAAUUGUAAAUAACGCAACAGAAUUGAGAAGUGAUGGGUACAGGCAAGUCUCGGGACUCGUCUCGCGUUUGCGGCAGUAGUGAUGUCCGCUCGCGGUCGUGUGCGGUAAUCACGCGUCUGAGGACCCAGGAUGACUGACUGUAUUGGUUAAAAGAACAAAAGAAAGUUUAUCUCGUAUUUAUUUAACUGUGUCUUUAGAACUUUGGCUGUGGUCUUCAUUUCAAAGUAUUGCGUCCUUUUCUUUCGUUUUGCUGAAGGCAUUGGCACCUCGACUUGGUGGGAGAUGUUUGAGGGCUAACCCUUUACCCACCCACCCCUCCUGGGAAAAUACAGGAUCCAAUUAGUAACGAAGAUUGGCAUAUCCUACAGGAUACAGGGCUAUGGAGUGAUUCAUUUACUUGAAUAUUUUAGAGAGAGAGAGAGACAUGCAAAAUGAAUGCUUACUCUCACAGGGUGAGGAUACUGCUGUACACAAAGCUCAUACAAUAUCAAAAUGAAAUACCAUACAGACAAGAGGUUUUUUGUUUUGUUUACAGAAAUUUUUUUGUUUUGUUUACAGAAAUUACAACACACUUCAAAUUGUCCUCUCUCGUCUCCCCGCCACUCUCCUUUUCACCAACAAAUCUUAGAAUCCCAGAGCGCAUGCUCGCACAAUGAAACACAAUAGCAUGGGGAAUUUGUUGUAAACAAAUUCAAAUAGAGAACUAUUUUCUGAUCUUCAAUUUGCAAAAUCCUGUUCUGUUUGACAUGGACAAAAUCACUAUAAUAAAAUUUGUGUCAAGAAUUGGUUUGAUAUGUCGUGACUGCCUGUUCUGAAAGACAGAUAUGGUGUUGUAUAGUGUCACAGUUACACUGCAUAUCAGAAUCUUUUGACCACAAUUGUGAAAUCAAACAGUAACAUUUUCAUUACUUAUUAGUCUGGCCACUGUUAAGUAUCACUUUGAACGCAGGAGAAAAAGGAACCACUUCUACUACUUGAUUUACAAAAGUACAAAAUAUAAUUCGUUUCACAGACUCAACAUUGACUCCGGUAAGUUGAGGUGCCAUUGUAUUUAUUAAGUUUCAGAGAGAGAGAGAGAAAGAUUGUUCUAAGAGAAAGUGUUGAGAGAGAGAGAGCGAGGAAGGAAAUCUAAUGUUUGGGUUGUUCAUUUUUUCCUAACCGAGAAAUCAUUUCUGUUCUUACCCCCCACCCCCUUCAUUGAGAAGUUAAAAUAGUUUUAAGUUGAAAAGGUAACUUUAAGAACCUACCUCCAAGUUAAUGUGAUUUGAUAAUAAAUUGUAAGGAAUUUU